CGUAUGCGGAAGCUGUAAACAUCAUGUCCGUUUGUUUCAACUGUGAGCGGACUGCUGUUGUUAUUCAUGCUUCAGUCCGAACAAUUCAGAAAGUGUUCAUCUGAAGCGUCCAUGAUGACGUCGAUAGUCACCGACACCGCGGAGGCCGUGGAUCUGUGUCCGGAGAACAACCUCUACCUGAAGCCCAUCGCCAAGAUGACCAUCAGCGUCGCUCUUCCUCACCUUAAGAUGCCGGGGAAGUCCAUCUCCAACUGGGAGGUGAUGGAGAGGCUGAAGUCUAUGGCUCAUCCGGACCAGUUUUCCUCGCUCCGAAUCUCCAAGAGCACCAUGGACUUCAUCCGCUUCGAGGGCGAAGUGGAGAACAGGAGCGUCGUGAAGCGAAUCCUGAGCAAACUCGAGGGGAAAAGCAUCAAGCUGAGCGGAUUCACGGACGUCCUGAAGGUGCGCACAGCCGAGAACAAAACCGAUUUCCCGACACGCCACGAUUGGGAUUCGUUUUUCCGGGACGCCAAGGACAUGAACGAGACUGUGCCGGGGGAACGUCCCGAUACCGUUCAUCUCGAAGGCCUUCCUUGUAAAUGGUUCGCCCAGAAGGACGGCUCUCCCGAUAAGCCUUCGGAAGCGACGCUUAAAACCGUCUUCGAGCGGUUCGGAAAGAUUCGUAACGUCGACAUUCCCAUGCUGGAUCCCUACCGGGAAGAGAUGACCGGGAAGAACUUCAACACGUUCUCGUUCGGAGGGCACUUGAACUUUGAGGGGUACGUGCAGUAUCUGGAUCACACGGGGUUCGUGAAGGCCAUGGACUCUCUGAGAGGGAUGAAGCUGAUGCUGAAGGGGGAUGAUGGGAAAGCCGUGGCCUGCAGUAUUAAGGUGACCUUUGACACGACGAAACACCUGAGUGAUUCCUCGCUGAGGAAGCGACAGCAGGAGCGACUGAAACUGCAGGAGCUCGAGAAACAGCGAGAGGAGCAGAAACGCAGAGAGAAGGAGGAAGAGGAGCGGCGGAAGGAGGACGAGAGGAAACAGCGUGAGCAGGAGGAGCAGGAGAAGGAGAGAAAGAGGGAGGAGAAACUGCGCAAACGAGAGCAGAAGAUCAAGGAGAAAGAGGAGAAGAAGAACCAGAAGAAGAUGAAGAAGCAGCAGGAGGAAGAACAGAAGAAGCUCCAGCAGAAGAUCGUGAUGGAGGAGAGGAAACUCUUGCUGGCUCAGAGGAACCUGGAGUCCAUCCGGCUCAUCGCGGAGUUACUGAGCCGAGCAAAGAGCCUGAAGCAGCAGCAGCAGGAGCAGCAGAAGGCGGAGCAGGAGCGUCUCCAUCAGCUGGAGGAGAGCAGACGACAGCAGGAGGAGGAGCUGAGGCGCGUCGAGGCCGAGAAGAAGCGAACGCUCGAGCUCCAGAGGAAAGAGCGUGAGCUGCGGGACCGACUCCUGGGAAACCUGCUGAAGAAGAGCACCAACACCGACGAGAACGAGAUCGAGAGCGCUCCCGCCAUCGACCUGGACCUGCAGAUCUGUCACGCGCAGGUCAACGGCGACGAGAUCAAGCCGGACAACCAGGACAGCAAACCAAAGAAACCGGAGAGCGUGGAGGAACGAGCAGACGGAGAGAGACGGGAGCGAAGGAAUCAUACACGACGUCACGGGAGGCGGAGUCAGAGUCGUGGGAGGCGGAGUCACAGCAGCGGGAAGCGGAGUCAGAGUCGCGGGAGGCGGAGUCAUAGCAACGGUACGCGGAGUCACAGCAACGGGAGGCGGAGUCACAGUCCCGGGAGGCGGAGUCACAGUCCCGGGAGGCGGAGUCACAGUCGUAACGGGCGGAGCCGCCGAGCCACGAGACACCGGCGCCACCGGGCGAGGAAGGACAGUCACGGGCCGAGCAGCAGCAAGAGUCACAGCAGCAACAGCAGGAGCCGCUCGUCCAGUCGAGGACGCCGCCGACACUCGCAUCACCGAUCCAGACGACACUGAGAGAAGAUAAAGCUGCUGUGCGAGGCGAAACACGUCCUGGUCACGUUCAACACACCAAUACAAGGGAAAAUAAGAAAUUGUCUUUUGCAUAAAGUAAAAUGAGGCCUGCUUUUUAGGAUCAGUAAGAUUUCAUUAAUUUUUCCUCAACAAAUUAUAUUUUUCAUAACAAAUAUGAAGCCUGUUUUAGGAUAAAUAAGAUUUUAUUUUUUCAUUUUCUUUC